AGAAGAGGAGGAGGAGGAGGAAGAGGAGGGGGACGCGAGGACACACCCGCCCGCUCACCGUCGCCUUCGGCCGGUGCACACGGCGAGGAUGCAGCAGCAGCAGCAGCAGCAGCAGUAGCAGUCGACACGAGACAGAAGAGCUGGUUGUCUCCAAACAGCAGCAGUGUCCACUAAGAUGUCAGCAGUCCCGCCCUGAGAGACGCCUGGCCGAUUCUCCGCACCCUAACGCGCUACCGCACUGCCUCGCCCAGCAGUCUUUUCCCGCCACGAUGACGGUUGCCACGGGCGACCCGUCCGACGAGGCGGCGGCGCACCCGGGCCACCCGCUGGACUACGACCCGGAGGCCGACCACGAGUGCUGCGAGCGGGUGGUCAUCAACAUCUCCGGGCUGCGCUUCGAGACCCAACUCAAGACCCUCUCGCAGUUCCCCGACACGCUACUGGGGGACCCCAAAAAGAGGAUGCGUUACUUCGACCCGCUGCGGAACGAGUACUUUUUCGACAGGAACAGACCCAGCUUUGACGCCAUUUUGUACUACUACCAGUCGGGCGGGCGACUAAGGAGGCCGGUGAACGUCACGCUGGACAUCUUCUCUGAGGAGAUCCGCUUCUACGAGCUGGGCGACGAGGCUAUCGAGAUUUUCCGUGAGGACGAGGGCUUCAUCAAGGAGGAGGAACGCCCUCUCCCCGACAACGAGUUUCAGAGACAAUUGUGGCUGCUGUUCGAGUACCCGGAGAGCUCAGGUCCAGCCCGGAUUAUCGCCAUCAUCUCCGUCAUGGUCAUCCUCAUCUCCAUCGUCAGUUUCUGCCUGGAGACACUCCCCAUCUUCCACAACGACGAGGGCGACAUGCACAAGUCCCACGCCGAGUUCUUUUCCCCCGAGACCAACACCACGGUCAUCAGGUACACGUCCACCUACUUCACCGACCCGUUCUUCAUCCUGGAGACACUGUGCAUCAUCUGGUUCUCCUUUGAGUUUCUAGUGCGCUUCUUCGCCUGCCCCAGCAAAGCGGGCUUCUUUGGCAACCUCAUGAACAUCAUUGACAUUGUGGCCAUCAUCCCGUAUUUCAUCACGCUCGGCACGGAGCUGGCAGAUAGUCCGGACGACGGCCAAAGUGGGCAACAGGCCAUGUCUUUAGCUAUCCUCAGGGUGAUCCGACUGGUGCGAGUCUUCCGAAUUUUCAAGCUCUCACGCCACUCCAAGGGGCUACAGAUCCUGGGCCAGACCCUCAAGGCCAGCAUGAGAGAGCUGGGACUGCUCAUCUUCUUCCUCUUCAUCGGCGUCAUCCUCUUCUCUAGCGCUGUGUACUUCGCCGAGGCUGACGAGCGACAGUCCCAGUUUGAGAGCAUCCCGGACGCCUUCUGGUGGGCCGUGGUCUCCAUGACCACGGUGGGCUACGGCGACAUGGUGCCCACCACCAUCGGGGGCAAAAUUGUGGGCUCCUUGUGUGCUAUCGCCGGCGUGCUGACCAUCGCCUUGCCCGUGCCCGUCAUCGUGUCCAACUUCAACUACUUCUACCACCGCGAGACGGAAGGGGAGGAGCAGGCGCAGUACCUCCAGGUCAACGCGGCCAAGAGCGAGUCGGGCGAGGAGCUGAAGAAGAGUCGCAGCGGAUCCACCAUCAGCAAGUCGGACUACAUGGAGAUCCAGGAGACGGUCAACAACAGCAACGAGGACUUCCGCCGGGAGAACCUCAAGACGGCCAACUGCACGCUGGCCAACACAAACUACGUCAACAUCACCAAGAUGCUCACAGACGUGUAGUCGACCACACAGAUCGCUGGGAAAAAUAAUACAAAGGCAAUAGAAUUCAGGAACGAGAUGCUCUUCACGCCACGCUUCACUCCUGCCCUUAAAGCUGUCAAACAGAGCCAAAUUGUUUGCAUUUGCAUGGAGUUUUCCGACUGGAAAGAAAAGCUUGAAAUGUCACACCGUUGCCAACCAAAAAGAAGCAAUGAAAAACAAAAAAAGCUUUUCAAAAGAUAAGCCAACACACAAAAAUCGCUUGAUCACUCACUUCCCAGGGUGCACUGCUCUGCUUUAGGCACAAAAUAUAUACUGUAGGCGUUAGGUUUGUUUUUCACCGCUAGAUAAAUGACAGCCAUCGGUGCCACAUACGCUUGUGGUGGGACACCUUAGUAGUCAGUAUCUGAUGAGUGACUGAGAAUGGCCUUGACGCCUCGCUGCUUUGCUCUUACGCAACGUGUUACUAGGAUUCAAACUCUCUUCGAGACGCUUUGCCCGCCAUUCACCCGAACUGGUCUUACUCCGCAGAGCUUUGAGGACGACUUGAAUGUUUCAUCUCGGGUUUUGCGUUUUUUUUUUUUUUUUUUACAGGCAGAACGUAAAUUCACAUAGCCUGUAGUUAGGUACCGUGAGUCACUGCAGUGGGUGUUCAUUUUACGACUCUCCCGACGUAUGACGUUUCGAUGUUAAGAACAACGCGCAAUGAAUUAGUGACAGAAUGCGUGGUCACGAGGCACAGGAAGGCACACUUGGUUACCGCCAAACUUAAUGUUUUUUAUUUGAUAUUUUGCCAGUAAAAACUGUAAAAACUCUUUCAGUCGUACACAUAUUUACUCAAAUUCAGUGGUGGGCCGUGCAUUUGGUACAUGGGCCCUCAGUAGGAUCUAACCUUUCAAUUAUAGAAACCAUCAUUACUAUACAAAACUGCGAUAUAAUAGCAUACACCUUUGCCACGUAGAUAAUAUGAACAGAUGAGAAUCAAUAUUUAUCUAAUAACAUAAAAAAAAACAUCACGCUCACCAGAAAGGCUAAUUAAUCAAUGCAUUUAUCUGCGACGUGUUUCGCUCGUGUACGGAAAAUUACUGACGCUAAUAUGAGCCACCCACCGAAUAUGGAGGUGGUUGAAGGGGGUAUGGAAAAAUGGAAAAAUAUAAAAAUCUAUCAAUAUUAGGGGUGUAAUGAUACAUCAAAAAUCAAAGUUCGGUACAUAGCUUGGUGUUAAGGCGACGGUUCGCUUCACAUUGGCUAAAGUGAGGAAAGAAAAUACAAAAUAUGAAACUGGUUUGUUUGAACAGGAACAUAUUUAAUGGCAUUGCAGAUAAAAGGAAAUUGCUAGUAGUAAAUUCUCCUUCAACUCAAUAAUGUAAACAGUAAAAUAAAAAUAAACAAUACAUAGUUCGUAUUUAAAAAAAAAAAAAAGAUUUCUUUUAUUUUUUCCCAAAGAAAGUGCAAUAUCAGUAGUUAUUUUUAGGGGAAAUGAAUAAAAUGAUUUAACAAGUCUGACUGCGAAAAGCACAUUGUUGGCCAUGACGUCCGCUAGCCAGAGGCUGAGCUGCACUGUGUUUGUCUAUUAAGUAGCAGUAAUGCAGUUACACUUCCUGUCCCUUACCUAAUUAUGACUAAUUAUGUACUGUUACACCCCUAAUAUAUAUAUAUUUCGUAGAAGUAGUAAUAUAAUACAAAUGCCUUGACAGUGUGGUCUGCCAUGAAAAAGAGACCCUGUCUGUCAUCGCAGUCGCCAGCUACGACAAUUGCAUUAUGUUCGUUUAAUAACGGAAACUGCAACAAUCAAAGUUACGGUGGCCUUAAAGGGUCAAAAAGGCACAUUAUUACAAGAAUCACGUUUCUUAUGCUACGCCACUUCGUACAGCUCUUAAAAUUAGCGUUGACUUUCAAAUUUGUUCUUAAAAAUUCCCAAAUGUCACAGUGUACGCCCAGCUUUUGUUCAAGGAAAAAAAAAUAAACCACAAACACAAUUUCAAACCCCGACUCUCCACCUAGAAGGCUUCGCUAGGUUGCCGUAACAAGCACAUUGCGGUCGCUGACGUUACUUAGUCGUUUGGGACUCUGUCGUUACCAUAGCAACUUUUAAGAAGAAUGGAUGUAAAAGAAUCUCUCCUAGUCUUGCAUGACAUCCACUUCAUCCCCAGAAGCAUGACUUAUAGCAUCAAAAAGCAGCUCACCGCAGAGACAAAAAAAAAUGAUUGAUGUAUUUAUAUAAUAUAGAGAGACAUUAAUAUAUAUAGACAGAAUGCAUAUACAGUACAUUUUCACCAGAGACUUGUGAUGCAGAGUAUUGCCAUAAUGAAGCUCACAUUUAACAGUGAGUGCCAAAGACACACACACACACUCCUACACUCUUACUAGCCGUUUCCCAGCAUACCUCGGGGCGAUAUAUUUUAAAAUGAGAUAAUACCGCAGAGGUUCGGCUGGCGUUUAAUUAACGAGAAUGCCUGUUGUGUCGUGAAAGAUUGGCAUUGGGAGGAAAUAAAAUACGGUUUUGAUUCCAGGGCGGUGUCCAGCUAAGGAUAGCUGCCAUUGGCUCAACACUGCCAAGGCAGCAGCCGGGCAAGCACUUGCAUCCAUCUGUCCGUCCGUCCGUCCAUCCUUGCUGGUGCGGUUAAUCAGCAGCAGUGUAGCAGACCUCGGCCGUCCCUCCUGAGCCCCAGGUUUGACAUUCCGGGGUCUGAUGGAUUUCAACUGAUGAUGGAGGUAGUGUUGUUUGGGGGAGGGGGGGGGGGGUGCAUUUGUCGGUUUGUAGCAUGCGGCGUUUUCAAUGAACUCUUCACAUCGAGACGCCCGCGCCUAUUUUUAAGCUUCUGACAUGCAACAGUAACGACACGUGUCGCGCCACCGCUGCGCCGCACGCCCACUUCCGCUGCUCUCACGCGCCCCCUCCCAUCCACUGCAAACGUACGGAAAAGUCCGCCCAAGUCAACCGCUGAGAACCAACGAGGAAGAACUUUGCUCCAUUCAUUUGUGCACUUCACUUCAAACUGGACAAUGCAGUUAGCGUCUGGUGUCUCAAACAAACCCAUGAAUGACCAGCAAUAUUAAAAAUAAUAAUAAUAAUAAUAAUUUAAAAAAUCUAUCAAAAAGCAUGUGUGUUAGAAAUAAGUUCUCAUUGGGAAUUUUGUAGGAAAUCUCACAAAAAAAAAAAAAAAAAAAACACCUUUUGCAGGCACCUCAGAAAAAUGGCGCCGCACCGGUAUUGUCCCAUUUUGUCACGAAAACGUUACAAUUUGUUACAAUUAUUUCAUACAGUGCUACCUUGACUUGCAUUAAGAGUGCAAGUCUGCAAGAGUGCAGUUUGCAAGUUUUCGCAGUUACGAGCCGUCGCUCAGUCAAUAUUUUUUUUGCUUUGUAGCCAGCAGUCAAGGUACCAUUGUAUUUCCUUUUGUCAAUGCAUUUUUUAAAAACAUUAUUUUCUGUUGGAGGGACCGAACAGGUGAAGCGCAUAUAUGUGCAAUAACUUUUUAUGUCUCGAUUUCUAUUUUGAAUUGCAAAACUAUUUGAUUAUUAUAUAAGAUUCAGCAUUUUCUUUUUCAUAAAUGCCUAUAAAUAUGUCACUUUUUUUUUUUUUUUUUUUUUUACUAAUUACAGUUUUUGUGCGGUUUCCUACCAAAUUCUCAUGAGAACAGGAAAAGAUGGCGCAGCUGUGCCGAUGCAUCAUUUAUGUACUGUACCUUUUACAUGGCACGACAACAAUAACAAAAAGACAUCUUUGUCUAUGCAUGCGGACACAAAAAAAAAAUGUUUUCCUUCACUUCGGCCGAACCCGCUGUAGCAGGAUCGCGCAACGUUGACUUUUGUGUUUAAAACACACCCAGCUUUAGUGGCAUUGACUUCCAUUUCUUACAUAUUUUCCAGUCAUUUAUGGAUUAUUGAGAUUACAUUGGCGUUGAAAAUUCACUCUGUGAGAAAGUGGGGAGGAACGCUGGGAAAUCUAUGCAUUGCUUUUCAUACAAGAUUAUGAGACGGUGGUCACCAGGUUGGAGUUUUACCGAAUGUGACCGGCAUAAACACACGCUUGCAUCUGAACCAAACCUUGAAGCCAAAAAAAAAAAAAAAAAAAAACUUGCAAUAUUCUGCUGCGGAAUAGCUCAAUGUGAACUUUUCAAAUUGUUUGGGGGUUUGUUUGACCUGCAUGAAAACACGCAAACAAACACACACAAGUGAAACAAGGUGAUCAAUAUGCAAUACGUAUGCAUGUGUGCGCUCGAGAAAGAAUGAUUGUAACUUUCACACAAUAUGUAAAGUCAUUCACCCCUUCACCGUUCCCUUGUACCAUAAGGUUGGAUGUACGCCGCGUGGUUCAAGUGAGUCAAUUCCGAUUUGUUUUGAUGACACAAUUGGCAUAUGGAAUAUACAUGGAAACCAUAAAUCAUACAAAAUGUAUUUGAUGUUCUCAAGAAAAAGGGCCAACUCUGACAACAAUUUGUCACCGUUAUUUAAUAUACAGUGAUCGCUCCUUCAUCGCCGGGCGAUACGUUACUGGCUGAAAAGUUGCGAUUUAGAGAAAACACCCGAAAAACUUUUUUUUCAUGGAGUUUAGUAUUUAAAAUACCUCUAAAUAGACAGUAAAAAAAUAAAAUAAAAUAUUGGAUAAAGUCAUGAAAUCGGAAUUGGGCACUUUGACCUGCAGUGUAAAUCCAGCCAAAGAGGCCUGGAAGCUUCCGUGAAGGAUGACGGCUUUUCUUUCUAUGAAAUGAUGAGAUUGGUGUAGAUAAAUAAGAGCAAAGACAAUAUCUGCAGGUGGCCUAUGGACUCGGCAAGUAGUUUGAUCUGCACUUUACGAGACAACAAGGACACUCUAUGGACCAGACGACAUGUAGUCCUUCCGACAUGAUUGAUAACGCUGACAAGGAGAUAUCAAUAACAAUGAAGCCAAUAAUAAUUACAGUAACUCAAGCGUUUUGUGUUUUCUCUGCAUUUCAGUCUGACUUCCGACAACUCCCUUUUCCCCCUGCAAAGCUAAUUUUAGCCCAAAUCGAUGAAAGCCCUGCUUUGCUGCUAUUCUUGGCGUGUUUCUGCGUCUUUGUAGCCGCGGCGAGGCGUGCGGGAAAAUGUUGAAAACGCCUCGCGGUGUCUUCGGCAUCGCGCGAACGGUGCACGCGCUCCCUGCAACUUGGAAAUGAGCAGCGACUGCGCUAUUUUUAGCCUUUUGGUUCUGGAAGGAGAGAAGAAGAAGAAGAAGAAGAAGAAGAAGAAGAGGAUGAGACAGAGGGAAAGGAGACAAGUUGCACUGCAAACAUAUUGACAAGUACGAGCCAUCGUAUCCGAAGAUGGCUGCCCUUUUAGGUUCAGAACUGACUAAUUUCAAGCAAAA